AUGCUUCAUGUGCUAGAACAACAACCACAACCUGUUACUAUGUUGUUCAAGUUAUGCCAGAAGGACAAAAGGCGAGUUGAUAUAAAACAUUGGUGGGAAAGAGAACAAAACAUAGCAGGUGUCUACGUCGAUGGCACUUUUGUGGCCUCAGCUUACUCCUCUCAUGAAAAAGAGAAUGCAAAGUUACUUGCAGCUAAGGUAGCUCUUAAGGAAUUGUGUUACGAGGACACAUCUACCCCUCUCAAUGGCGGCAAUGAAGCUGGAGCAAAACAAAAGCUACACGAGCUGUGUGGAAAGAAGAAAUGGGGUAAACCAAUUUACAAUUUUUGGCUUCUUGAUUUGCUUAAUAGGUUCCACAACAAGAAUGGAUUUAGACGUGUGAGGGAAGCGGAGAACUCUGUAGCUUAUUUGAUGCUUUGCGGACCAGUGUGCUUCAACUUGAAGUUCUUUUGUCACCAUAAACUGAUUCCCCACCACGGCCAUCUCCCCGUGAAGGCACCUCCUUGGAUCAUAAAGUUUGUGGUCAUCUUCCUUGAUCUUAUUCGCCCACGACAUCACAAACGGCAGGUACUCCUCGACCACCACGACAUUGCUCGCUUCUCGAUAGCGCUUCAAGGCCGCCUCGGCUCCACAUGA